CCCAUUUAAUUCCGCUUCUCCCAUGGCCAAACCCCUAGAUCUUCCAUCCGCACUUCCCUGCCGGUUCCUUCUGCUCGCUCCCAUCGCAUUCUCCUCAACGAGAUCUCUCGAUUGAUCCCCGUUUCUUCGCUUCUCGACGAGUUUUUUUUUCUGCAGAUCCGAUCGGUUCCUGGGGCACCCGACCAUGGUCGACACCUUCUCCUCGUCAUGGAGGCCGCAGCUCCACCAGCGCCCCCGUUGGCUGAUGUCGUUUCUCACUGCCUACCGGACGCAGCUUUUGGUCCUCUGGGUUGUGGGUUUCGUGAUGGUGUUCGGGUUGCAGGUCAACUCCAUCGAUGGGGUGGGGUUGUUCAGUAUGAAAGCAGCGGCGCGACCGAUUCCCAGGCUCCGACCCGUGGCGUUCAAUCUGACGGAUUUCGGCGGGGUCGGGGACGGGAAGACUCUCAACACGGCGGCGUUCGAGCGUGCCGUGGAGGCCAUUUCGAAGGCUGGGGCGCGAGGAGGCGGGCAGCUGAAUGUUCCGGCUGGGCGCUGGCUCACCGCCCCCUUCAAUCUUACCAAUCAUAUGACUCUCUUCCUCGCUGAAGGCGCAGUGAUUCUUGGGAUUGAGGAUGAAAAUCAUUGGCCGUUGAUGCCUCCUUUACCUUCAUAUGGAUACGGACGGGAACACAAGGGGCCUCGAUAUGGAAGUCUAAUACAUGGUCAAAACCUGAGAGAUAUUGUCAUCACCGGCUAUAAUGGCACAAUUGAUGGUCAAGGUCAAGCAUGGUGGACUAAAUACAAGAAGAAAAUCCUCACCAACACAAGAGGGCCUCUUGUGCAACUUAUGUGGUCCAAGGAUGUUGUCAUCUCCAACAUAACUCUCCGUAAUUCUCCAUUUUGGACACUUCAUCCUUAUGAUUGCAAGAAUGUCACUAUCUCUGGAAUCACUAUCUUAGCUCCUGUUUUUGGAGCUCCAAACACAGACGGUAUUGACCCAGAUUCAUGCCAGGAUGUCUUGAUAGAAAAUUCUUAUAUAUGUGUGGGUGAUGAUGCAAUAGCCAUAAAAAGUGGCUGGGAUCAGUAUGGAAUAGCAUAUGGACGGCCAUCUACUAACAUUAUAAUUCGUAAUCUCAUUGUUCGGUCUGUGGUUAGUGCUGGAAUAUCCAUUGGCAGCGAGAUGUCUGGUGGGGUCUCAAAUGUCACAGUGGAAAAUCUUUUCGUUUGGGAGACGAGGCGAGGGGUAAGAAUAAAGACAGCCCCUGGAAGAGGUGGCUACGUUCGGAACAUUGCCUACCGGAAUGUAAUCUUUGAAAAUGUUCGUGUUGGAAUCGUAAUAAAGACUGAUUACAAUGAACAUCCUGAUGAAGGCUUCGAUCCUAAAGCUCUGCCUAUCAUCACCAAUAUAUCCUUCAGCAGUAUCCAUGGCCAGGGUGUGAGGGUUCCAGUUCGGAUCCAUGGCAGCGAAGACAUUCCAAUCAAGGAUGUCAGUUUCCGAGACAUGUCAGUGGGCUUAACCUACAAGAAGAAGCAUAUCUUCCAGUGUUCCUUUGUCGAUGGCCAUGUGAUUGGAUCCAUUUUCCCUUCACCUUGUCAGAAUCUUGACUUAUACGAUGAGCAAGGGAACCUAGUGAAGCGAUCAGUGUCACAAAAUAUCACUGACAUUGAUUACGACAUUUAAAUCAUUGUUAUUUAGGCAGGGGUAUUGAUUACAACAUUUAAAUCAUGGGUAUUUAGGCAGGAACUUUUCCGUGUGGAUAAUUGGAGCUAUCGAGUCCCUCGAAUGACAUGUAUAUAUAUAUGGAAGGUGGUUGUUAUUUUGUUAUAUUUGAAAUUUACAGCUCUUUGCUUGAUCA